AUGCAACUUCUUAUCGAAAUAGACAUUGCCCAACCCCUGCCGGAUGAACUGUUGAUUGAAAAGCCUGAUGGUAAAAUUCACAAACAGGAGAUUGAUUAUGAAUGGACGCCAAGCUUCUGCCAAGACUGUAACCAGUUUGGGCAUGACACUGGUGGGUGUAAAAAUGACCAGAAACAGGGUGAGAAAGGGCCAGUUAAGCAGACUAAGCGGAGAAGGAGGAAGCAAACUCGACCGACAUGGCAAGCAAUGGCGGAGGAGGGCACCGGCAAGGAGAGCUCGAAAACUAUACAAGUGGGCUCCAGCACAAUUGUGGAAGCUCCCACUAUGACUAAGAACCCUCCCUUAAUGCGCCUUCGCUCGCCCGAUGGGUAA